CUCAUCCUCAUAAGACCCUCCUGAAAACCCGAUAUUGUUUUACACAGUGGCAUUGUGUACCAGACCAUUCUUCCAGCAUAAUAGCAGCACACUCCCUGCAUCAGCUGCCCAACUGUUCUGACUUUAUGUCAUAGUGGAGGAGUUGGUGGCUGGCAAAUGUGGCUAGCCUUGGUACUAAGAUGAAUGGCUCAGGACAAGGUACCCAUUGUUUGGCCUCUGACGUUGCCCCUCUGCAUUGGGUGGCCCCGAGUGCUACACAUCCUGGGCUUCUUUUUAAAAGAUGGGGGCUGUCCAAAACCCUCUGCCUGAAAAUUGUUCUUGCCACAGCCAUUCUCCCAGGAGACACUACUUAGCAAAACCCAUACAAUGUGCAAGAAAUUUGUUGGAACCUGGAAACUUGUCUCUAGUGAAAACUUUGAUGAUUACAUGAAAGAACUGGGGGUGGGGUUGGCCACCAGGAAACUUGGCAGUUUAGCCAAACCCAAAGUCAUCAUCAGUGUGAAGGGGGAUGAGAUCAUAAUCAGAACUGAAAGCACCUUCAAAAACACACAGAUCACUUUUAAACUGGGCCAGGAAUUUCAAGAAACCACAGCUGAUGACAGGAAAACCAAGACUGUCAUAACUUUAGAAAGAGGUGCCCUCGUACAAGUGCAGAAGUGGAAUGGUAAGGAAUCAACAAUACGGAGGAAAAUUGUUGAUGGGAAAAUGGUGGUGGAAUGUGUCAUGAAAGGUGUCACAUGUACAAGAGUUUAUGAGAAGAUAUGAAGAAUCUCCAUCACUCAAGCAGACUGAAAUCGAGUUUUUCAGAUUGUUUCCAUGGUGAAGAAUGGGAAGCCAUCCACCUGCUCAUUUGUCUUGUUUCCUUUGAAUGAGGAGCAACUAAACUAUAUAGAGAGAUUUUAAUAAACAUGGUGUAAGCAAUAUGAAAGUAUUUGUGACUCAAUAAAUGUUUACCAGUGAAAAA